AUGCUCGCUGACCGCCCUGACUAUCCGUCUCCUGCUGCCGACGCUGCGAUGCAUUGCCUGAGAACCUUUCUCAAGCACUUUAACAACAUUUUCUCUUUUUUCGAAACCGAUGAGAUAACGACUGUGUUCCAACAUCAUUUUGACAGAACACAGCCUUCUAGAUCGGGCGGGCAUGCCGCUGUGAAUAUGAACGCUCUCCGAAUGCUGCCGGAUAUCUUGAUGGAAGUGCCCGAUAGUAUUAACAUUGGUGCGUUGCUCUUAAUGGCCACCUACCUCACGUCAACUUCUAGAAGCUCCACAGCGUCGAUGAUCUUGGGAUCGACUGCGCAAAUGGUUCUACUGGCCGGUUACCACGCGACCCUUUCCAGUGCAGCCCCCACAUCCGCACAAGAUCUGCAGAAGAGCCGGCUCCUGUAUCGUACCUAUAUUUUGGAUCAAGACCUAUCCCUAAGGCUUGGAAAACCACCGCUUCUCACUGAAAGCCUCAUUGUUUGCUUGCCUGAUAAGCGUUCGGAAGAUUGCCUGGGCAUCAUCUGCCUGCCUGGAGGCACAACGGUCAACUGCUUGCGAGAGCAAGUUGCCGUGGCCAGGAUCCAAAACAGAGCAUGGGAGGGGCUUCGAUCACCAUCUUCUUACACGAAGUCUAGUGAAGAGUUCCUAGAUACAAGUAAUCGAUUACUUGAACAGCUUCGACAAUGGAAGGACAGCCUACCGACGUCAAUAAUACCGCCAGCAAGACCCACAGAGCCUGGUAAUCUCCAACAGAUUCAAAUCACGGAUAUACAUUGGAUCUACUUUCAGACUGUAAUUGCUAUAUACUCCUCCAUCUUCACCCAUCCCCUGCUCUUCAGCGACCCUGCCGUUCGCGACCAGUCAGCAGCUGCAGUGGGCCAGUGUGCAGGCGCAGUGAGAGAGCUACUUGCUUUGGCUAAGCGCCUCGACUACAACCAUCCCUUAGCGCAACGGCCUCUCAGUCAAAUCGGCUGGAAUUUGGACAGCCUACUCAUACAUAUAAUGCUGAACAAGCGAACUUCUGGGGCCCAAAGGGACGUCCAGCUCUUGAGAAGUGCUCUUGAUAGUUUUGAAACAGACGAUCCUCAACAUGAAGACAAGUCGGCGUCUGAUGCACUUGUCAUUAUGUACAAAAUUGCUAAGGAAGCCGUGGCACCGCCGCACGAGUUCGGGCAAGAGUGA